AUGGUUGGUGUUACGUCCACCGAAAAGACAUUUGCCGUUGAUUUUGCUUUUAUGGAGUGUGAAAAAGAGGAUAAUUUUAGGUGGGCCUUGGAGGUGUGUCGUUCACUUUUGAAAAAGCAUGUCGAGAUGCCUAAGGCGAUUGUUACGGAACGCGACCCCGCUUUGAUGAAUGCGGUUGCAAAGGUAUUUACUUCUUCCGAUGUAUUACUUUGUCGUUAUCACAUAUCAUGUAGUGUGAGAAGUAAGGUUAAACCCGUCGUGGGGACAAAACAAGUAGCGACCGAAGGUGGGAAAGUGGUGAAGCCCGGAGUGAUUGUUGACCAAAUAUUGAAUGCAUCGGCUCGUUCGUCGACAAAAGAAUUAUAUGCCGAUUCCGUAUUGCAAUUUUGGAAAAUAUGUGAAAAAUAUCCCGAUUUAUUGAAAUACAUUGAAAAUAUCAUUCUUGACAAAGUGAAGGAGAAAUUUGUUUGUGCGUGGACUGAUAAGGGUGAUCUGUGUAAAGCAUGGGACACCAUAAAUCAUAUGAUUUCGAACCAACACAACGAAAUACAAACGUCGUUCGGUCGGAGCAUUACGGUUUUGGAGCAUCGAUUUAAGAACAAAAUCCUUUACUCUCAAUUGAUCGGCAAUGUGUCUCGGGCCGGAUUGAAUUAUAUAUUUCACGAGGCGAAUCGAGGUAAAAUAAUUGGUGGCAAAUCCGCAAAUUGUGGUUGCACUAUUAUUAUCAUGUAUGGUCUCCCGUGUGCUUGUGCUAUUGCUAAAAAAGUGAGAUUAGGUGAGUCAAUAACAGUGAAUGAAAUCACUCUUCAUUGGAAAAGACUUAGUUUUGAUGAUGAUGGUUGUGUCAAAGAAUAUUUGAAUAUCUCUAUUAUUUCCGAAUUGGAGGCGAUACAAGAGAGGUUUUCGAAGGCUGAUGACAACACAAAAUUAUACAUCAAAGAACAAUUGCGGAGGAUUGGAUUUCCCGAAACAACCGACAUGAAACCGUCGUCUCAACCCGUUAAGACAAAAGGUGCUACGAAGAAAGUGAAGUCUACACCAAAUGACAACUCGACAACAUGGUCUCCUUCAUAUUGUGAGCACGUCGACAAACUCUUUCCCGACUCACCUACUCCGAAAUCGCAAAAAUCUCAAAAGAGUUCAAACAAGGGAGCUUGCCUAAGCAAACCGCCUCCAACACCUAUUCCACCGUAA